UCUUCAGUAUUUAUAAUGUUUGCUUACAGUUUCAAACAAACUGGAGCAAGUAGGUUGGCAUAAUCUUUCUCCUGCAGUCACGUCGACUCCCGUCGUUUCUCUGGAAGUCGCUAGGGGACCUUGUGUGUAACUUUUGAAGGGUGCGUAUGAGCGCUGACCGCCACAUUGACUGUGCGUUCGAGAUGUUGCAGCAGCAGCCUUUAACGGGGAACGGGCCCAAUGGCCGGGGCCUCGGUUUGAACGCUCACCCUGGUAUGCAUGCCAUCAACUCAGUCCAUCCAUCCUCGCAACACCGCUCUGAUGGAGAGCCCGGCCUUGAAGGUUCAGAAAACGGACUUGAAAACCGCAGAGACAUCGGGGAUAUUUUGCAACAAAUCAUGACCAUUACUGACCAGAGUCUGGACGAAGCCCAAGCAAAAAAACACGCCUUGAAUUGUCACCGAAUGAAACCGGCUUUGUUCAGCGUUUUGUGUGAAAUCAAAGAGAAAACUGGCCUGUCUAUGCGCAGCACUCAGGAGGAGGAGCCACAGGACCCACAGCUUGUACGUUUGGACAAUAUGCUGCUGGCAGAAGGUGUUGCAGGGCCAGAAAAAGGAGGCGGAGCCGCAGCUGCUGUCUCUGCUGCAACAAGUUCGGGGGGGAUGUCACCAGACAGCUCUCUGGAACAUUCUGACUACAAGAGCAAGCUGAGCCAGAUUCGGAACAUCUACCACACAGAGCUAGAGAAAUAUGAGCAGGCCUGCAGUGAGUUCACCACCCAUGUGAUGAACCUGCUGAGGGAACAGUCUCGCACCCGGCCCGUGUCCCCCCGCGAGAUCGAGCGCAUGGUGGCCAUCAUCCACCGCAAGUUCAGCUCCAUCCAGACGCAGCUCAAGCAGAGCACUUGCGAGGCUGUGAUGAUCCUGCGGUCCCGCUUCCUUGAUGCCAGACGCAAACGGCGGAACUUCAGCAAGCAGGCGACCGAGGUCCUGAAUGAGUAUUUUUAUUCCCACCUUUCAAACCCAUACCCUAGCGAGGAGGCCAAGGAAGAGCUGGCCAAGCAGUGCGGCAUCACUGUUUCCCAGGUGUCAAACUGGUUUGGCAACAAGCGAAUCCGCUAUAAAAAGAACAUUGGGAAGUUCCAGGAGGAGGCCAAUAUCUAUGCUAUGAAGACUGCCAUAGGGGCAACCCAGAACGAAGACUCUCCACAUACGCCUAACUCCACAGGCUCGGGGUCUUUCUCUCUCUCUGGGUCGGCUGACCUGUUUUUGGGAGUUCCUCCAAUGAAUGGAGAGCAGGCAGCCUACCACAUGGGGACUCAGGACUCCGUCACCCAGUCCCGCUUCUCAGACAGACUGUACAGCCCCAGAGAGAACCGGACUAAUGGUAGUUGGCAGGAGCCAGCCACACCCCCUUCUGCUGCAUCACCUGGUAGCGACCACUCUGAGAACUCCAACUGAUGGCCCCGCCUGUUUGCAUUGAGGUUUUGGCUUGUUGGAAAGGGUGUGUCUGUGCUGGUCAAAGAAAAGACAAAAAGAAUGAUGCCACCCCAGUAGACGCUUUUUUCAAAGCGCCCAUCACUGUACGUUGUGUGUGUGGAUGAGCGUGUGGUGUGUGUGUAUGAGAAGUUUAGGCCUGGGACUGGGUUUUCCACUACUCUAUCUACUUGUUACUGCCGUGUGAAUGCUGACAGAGGGAGGGAUGGCUUGGGAGGCUACAUUAUCACUACUAUUGUUAUAUUAUUAUUACUAUUUUUACUCUUUUUUUUGUAGCUCAGAUAUAGGUGAACGUAUGAGGAUGAGGGGGCAAUAGAGAUAAAUCCAAAGAUUGUUUUUGUGUGUGCUUGUUUAACCUUUUUUUUCUACUGAGCUUGUGUGUGUAUCUUAUUAUAUGAAUGAGGUGUGUAUCUUGUCUAUAUUAACGGUUUGAAUGAGUGUAUAUCAACAGUGCUGUCUUUUUUUCUGUACAGUGAAACACCUGUAUUC